CUCUCUAGUAUGGUAUCGGUCGUAUUGUCUCUUCUAAUGCGCAACCGUGAACAAAGCAUUCGCUUUGCCAACCAUAAGAUAAAAUGCAUCUCCAAAUUAUGCUAGCCCAAAACGCGACACUAUGCAUUGUAUUUACUUCGACCCGUUUUCCAUUUAAAUGUCCUCGCUGGGAAACAUCUCCUAUAAAGAAAAGAACACGUUCUGCAUACUGUUGGUUACGAACUGCACAGUGGCACAGGGGCAACCGAAUGUACCGCAUAACAGCAUCAGAACAAGACCGACUGGCGCCAACCCACAGAAGCAGUACCAACAGCAUCACCAUCAUCGACGUCUUCUUCUUCAACAAGGACCACGUGCAGUCCUUAGAGGAUGUGAAAAUGUGAAAUUCUCUCGCCAAACACAUUCCGUUCAGUCGCGAUGACUAUCAAAGUGGACAUUGUUCUCACCAGUGGAACCGACGGAUGUUUCAAUCCCGGUCAGGAAGUGGUCGGCGAAGUGAUUGUGAUUCUAACCAAAACCAUCAAAGUUUCACGACUGAAGCUCACGCUUAGUGGAAUUGGUCGAACCGAGUGGAGCGAACCAAUCAAUGGCCAUGGACGGUUCCUAAAUUUCGAGCAAUUUUUGUUUCAAGUGAACGAUGAGUCAUCGAACGUUACCUACACUGGAAAGGAGCGCUACUUACAAUCAGAAUUAAUUCUUUGUCAAGUCAAUGAUUUUAUGCCAGCGGGAGGGUACACCUACGGAUUCGCCUGCCCUUUGCCAGAGACGAUUCCAUCGUCAUACAACAGCACCAACGGUCACAUCCGAUACUCCCUAACGGCAACUUUGGAGCGGCCUUGGAAGCCAUCGAAGGUGCAUACGAUUAGCCUUGGAGUCAUUCGUCAACUUGAUCUUAACAGGGAAAUACUUCUACCCAUCAAAGCUGAGCACACGAAAUCGUUAGGUUGUUGGCCAUGUCUCCCGUCAGGGUCGCUAGUGCUUUCGGUCCAAGUUCCGACCAACGGUUUCGUACCCGGUCAGAUUAUUCCCGCACUGAUACAAGUCAGCAGCAGACGCCCCGUAAAAAUCCGCAAAGUGACCACCGUAUUGAUCCAACAGACAACAUUCAACGCCCGUUGGCCGAAAACUCGGCAGCGGAUCGAAAGCGUGGUUGUCAGCAGGAACGUUUCACCGGGUAUCACACUUCCGGACGGGGGUGUCCUGGCGGAGGAUAACCUUCAAGUGCCUUGGGUACAGCCGACCAGUUCUUUCGCGAAAGUAAUCAAAAUAACCUACGAACUGAAAGUGGCACUGGAGAUAGAUUCGUGUCUUCUGCAGGAACGGCAUGCCGUGAUUUCUGUUCCGAUUGUGGUCGGCACAAUCCCCGAACGUGAUGCAGAACUUUCCGAUGGGGAGUCGGUGCACGUUUGGAUGCGGGAUGAUUAAGGGGUUUGCUUUCUAAGAUAAUACAAUUAAUUUGCUCAA